AUGACUGAUAACCGCCCUGUUCCUGAUGAUAUAGAAGGCCCAUAUAUAUUUCCUCUCAUGUCUCCUGAAGCAUAUUUUUAUCAAGACGGCCAAGCCAUUUUUAGACAUUUCAUCUCUGCCUUCUCUCCCCACCCGUCUCCGAAUGAAGAAGAUCAGCUCGACUCAUUCGUAAAUGACAUCGGAAAUUUUCAAGUAAGAGACGUGCGGAACAACGGCCACUCGGAAUUCUCUUCUCCAUGGUUGACGCCACGUUCAGAGUACGAAGAGGACCAACUUGCCCCCACAAGCAAUGUCAACGCUGAAGGUGGAUAUUUCAAUAUAGAAGGUAGUGACAUUGAGCGAGAUGAAUGGUUACCUCUGCGCUCUUUAACGACGCUCUCAAUCUUUGAAGAGUUAAUGGCGCAAAUUGAGGGCGGUGACAGUUCUCGAACAGAAAACUCCACUUCUGAUCGAAAUAGCUCUGAAUAUAACUCUACAGAAUCGCCUCUGUCGGAGGAUUUCUAG